CCUCAACAGCGCCCGCCUGAGGCGAAAAAUAAAAGGCGGGAAAAGCGGCCGCCAUUUUGGCCGCUAUGGAAGCUGAGGCGCAGAGGUUGAAAGCGGCUUUUCAUUACACUGUUGCCUGCCUGUGCCAGGAAGUUGCUGAAGAGAAAAACAUUCAGUUUAGCAAACAGACCAUCGCAGCUAUUUCUGAGAUCACCUUUAGACAAUGCGAAAUUUUUGCCAAGGACCUUGAAAUGUUUGCCAAGCAUGGAAAACGGAGUACAAUCAAUGUUGAAGAUGUGAAGCUUUUGGCUCGAAGGAGCAACUCAUUGUUGAAGUAUAUUACUCAGAAGAGUGAUAAGCUUUCUUUGAAUAACCUGGAACAAAAAGAGAAAAGGAAAAAGAAAUCGGCUGCUAAGAAAGGAGGAAAAAAUUCAAAUGAGCUUGAAGAACCUGCGGCAAUCGAGAAUGAAGAUUCCAACAUGGCAUAAAACUCACUCUUGCUGGUAUCAAGAUGGGGAUUUCUCACGUUCGUUAUGGAGCCCAGAUCUUCAGUGUCAUCUUGCCUAGAUUACAAUUCUUUUUUUUUUUAAUAAGCACAGUGUAUUUGGAAAAUAAAAGCAAUAAACAU